CUGCAGCAAGGCUCCCGUCCCUCGCUCGGUGGCCGGGAGGCGGCGGCUCUGAGGCGCCCUCCGCUUCUCGGCUGGGGCAGGAGGAGAGGGGCGGAACUCCCGCCAGCCAGAGCCCAAACUUUCCCCGGCAUGUGUUCUUGGGCGAGGCACGCGCCCAGCGGCAGGAGCGCGGAGAGGAGGAGAGCCGAGCGCUCGCCCGGGACCCGCCGGCACCCGCCCUCGCCCCUGGCGGCAGCAUGAGCCGGUGGCGCUCCGCAGCAGCCAAGGAGAGGCGGCCGGGGAAAGGCUGCGUGCUGCGCCUCUGCCUGCUCUCCGCCACCCUCCUUCUCUGCCUGCUGCAGCUGGGGCUCCGGCGCUCCUGGGACGCCGCCGAGGCCGAGCCUGCCAAGGAGACGCGCAAGCCGCCUCUCCCGCCGCCGCCGGGAGCUCGCAGAGCUGAGAAGGCGAGCGAGGCGACCAGUAGGCGGCAGGUGACCUACGUGAGGAGCGGACGCCACAGGGCCCCAGCCGAGCCCACCUGUUGCCUCCAGGGGGCGCCCUCGAGCGACGCCCGCAAGAAGACAAUCCGCUGGCACAUAAAUUUGCAACCCUGGGCAAGUCCUACAGCAUCCCUGAAUAACGAAGCCCUCAGGCUCUUAAAAUACAUCAGCACUGUACAGAUUUCAUGUGAUCAUAUGAGCAUGAACAACCUGCCAGGAAACCCCAACAGCUCAAGGAGGCCAUGGUCAAUAUGCUUGGAUGACCGAUUCAGUUUAGUUCAUCAAAUCAAAAGAAAGCAGUGCCGUCUAUAUUCACUAGGACUGGGCAGUGACAACAACCAGUUUGAGAUCAGCAUGGCCAAUAGUGGAUGUGAGGUGCAUCGCUUUGACCCCAGUAUCAAACUGGCACAUAUUCAGAAAGGACAGCGCCUCUGGUACCAUCGCCUGUCCAUUGACUGGCGGGAUCCAAAUCCAAUGAUCGCGGCUCAUAAGCUUCAUACCAACACCAAGAAGCUUGGCACUGUAUUAAAUGACUUUGGACACCACAAGAUCGAUAUCCUCAAAGCAGAUAUGGAAAGUGCAGAGUGGAAGAUUUUGGAAAACCUGAUCCUAGAGGACGUUGUGGAACACAUAGGGCAAUUGGUCUUGGAAAUCCAUGUUCAUUGGCCGGGAUUUGAGGUCAGUGGCAAUGACAGCACUGUGGUUCGGUACUGGUACAGUCUCCUCAAAGAGCUAGAACUGAAAGACUUCAGGCUUUUUCACACUUACAAAGACUUAUCAAAACCACAGAUGUUCCUAAAAAGGGAAGCCUUCAAUGCAAGUAGUUGUUAUACACUGAGCUGGGUGAAUACAAGAUGGAAAUAGGGGCUUUGGCCUACAGAACAGAACUGUGACUCAUCCCCUUCAGCGGUACUAUUGAAGGUGAGUUCAGAGACGAACUGUCAAAAAUUACCCAAUGUGCAAAUACAGCAGCUGUGGUAUAUAAUAAAAAUAUAUUUUUGUUCCCCCGCCAAAGUGGGAAGGCAUAGAUUCAUAUCCUAGAAGAGUUGAAGCCUGAAUUUAAAGUAUUUUGUUUACUUUGUCUAUGCACUUGGCUGCUGCCCAGCCCAAGCCUGUUGAGAUGUUUUCAUCAUCAUACUGAUUAAAAACUCAAAAUGUGUGGAAAAUAAAUUGUUUCUUCAUGGCUGAAUAGCA